UGCUUAAUUCUAUCAAGUGGUAUUGAAACAUCUCCAGGUCAUUCUUCAGGGUCAUGACUGAGGGGCUCCUGCUUCAGACUUCACAUCCCAGCUUCUGGUAAAAAGACCCAUGUGAUAAAGGACAAACAGGGGAGUAUAUCUAGGGAAUCUGAGAAAGAGACAGAGCUUAAGAGAUCUUAAUUAUGUUUUUUUCUUUUCCUCCACAGGUUUAAUAACCUGCUUUCUACAGAUAACUGAAGAAAGGUGCCCUUAGAAGCUGUCCUUGGACCCUCAUGGAGUAGCUAGGACUUGUACUGUAAAGCCUUUGAUGAGGCAAGCUCUUGCCUGCUGAUCACCACAUCACCUGUCACCAUGGCCAGCAAGAGGAAGUCCACCACCCCAUGCAUGAUCCCAGUGAAGACUGUGGCACUGCAGGGUGCCAGUGUGGAGACCCAGCCUGUAGAAGUUUUGCCUGAAGGCCCCCAGCAGGAUCUACCCCCAGAAGCACCUGCUGCCAGUAAUGAGGCAGCCCAAAACCCCAGCAGUACUGUUGGCUCGGCCUUGGCCAACGGACACCGAAGCACUUUGGAUGGUUAUUUAUAUUCCUGUAAAGACUGUGACUUCAGAUCCCAGGACAUGACCCAAUUUGUGGGGCACAUGAACUCAGAGCACACAGACUUUAAUAAAGACCCAAAUUUUGUAUGCUCUGGGUGCAGUUUCCUGGCAAAAACUCCUGAAGGGCUUUCCUUGCAUAAUGCCAAGUGUCACUCAGGAGAAGCCAGUUUUGUGUGGAAUGUGGCCAAGUCAGACAAUCAUGUAGUCGUGGAGCAGAGCAUCCCUGAGAGCACCAACACUCCUGAUCUAGCAGGUGAGCCCAGUGCUGAAGGGACUGAUGGACAGGCUGAAAUCAUCAUUACCAAGACUCCAAUCAUGAAGAUAAUGAAAGGCAAAGCCGAAGCCAAAAAAAUCCAUAUGCUCAAGGAUGUUCCCAGCCAGCCUGUGAGUGAGGCCCUGCCAAAGCCUUCAGCCGGAGAGACAGAGGUGAAAGAGGGGGACCACUCAUUUGUCAAUGGGGCAACUCCAGUCAGCCAGGUAUCUACCAACUCCUCAAAGCCCCCCCAUGCCGCCAAUGGGCCCCUGAUAGGAGCAGUGCCGGUUCUGCCAGCUGGAAUAGCACAGUUCCUCUCCCUCCAGCAGCAGCCCCCUGUGCAUGCCCAGCACCAUGCCCACCAUCCCCUGCCAACAUCCAAGGCCCUUCCCAAAGUCAUGAUCCCCCUGAGCAGUAUCCCAACAUACAAUGCAGCCAUGGACUCCAACAGCUUCCUGAAGAACUCCUUCCACAAGUUCCCCUACCCAACCAAAGCUGAACUCUGCUACUUGACUGUGGUGACCAAGUAUCCAGAAGAACAGCUCAAGAUCUGGUUCACAGCCCAGAGACUGAAGCAAGGUAUCAGUUGGUCCCCUGAGGAGAUUGAAGAUGCCCGGAAGAAGAUGUUCAAUACAGUCAUCCAGUCUGUGCCUCAGCCCACAAUCACAGUUCUAAACACACCCCUGGUUGCCAGUGCUGGCAACGUCCAGCACCUCAUCCAGGCCACUCUCCCAGGCCACGCUGUGGGACAGCCAGAGGGCACAGCAGGGGGACUCCUGGUCACCCAGCCACUGAUGGCCAAUGGGUUGCAAGCACCUAGCUGCUCUCUCCCCCUGACAGGUACGUCUGUCCCCAAGCCAACCACGGCACCCAUUAACACUGUGUGUUCAAACACAACAUCAGCUGUGAAGGUGGUCAAUGCAGCCCAGUCACUCCUCACAGCAUGCCCCAGCAUAACAUCCCAAGCCUUCCUUGAUGCUAGCAUCUACAAAAAUAAGAAGUCUCAUGAACAGCUGUCAGCUCUGAAAGGGAGCUUCUGUAGGAACCAGUUCCCAGGGCAGAGUGAAGUAGAACAUCUGACCAAAGUGACAGGCCUCAGUACCAGAGAGGUACGGAAAUGGUUCAGUGAUCGGAGAUAUCAUUGCCGGAACCUGAAGGGCUCCAAAGCCAUGAUGCCCGGAGAUCAUAAUUCAAUCCUCAUUGACUCUGUGCCAGAGGUACCCUUCUCCCUGUCAUCCAAGGCCCCAGAGAUAACCUGCAUCCCAACAGCAGCCUCGCUAGCAAGCCACCCUGCUGCCAAACGACAAUCCUGGCACCAGACUCCAGAUUUCACACCAACCAAAUACAAAGAGAGAGCCCCUGAGCAGCUCCAAGCCCUGGAGAGUAGCUUUGCACAAAACCCACUCCCCCUUGAUGAGGAGCUGGACCGUCUGAGAAGUGAAACCAAGAUGACUCGUAGAGAAAUUGAUAGCUGGUUUUCAGAGAAACGGAAGAAAGUGAAUGCUGAGGAGACCAAGAAGUCUGAUGAGCAUGCCCCUCAGGAGGAGGAGGAGGCUGCUGAAGAUGAGGAUGGAGAAGGGGAGUUAGCCAGUGACCUGAGGGUCCCUGGUGAAAAUGGCUCCCCAGAAAUGCUUCUUAGCCAGAUAUCAGCAGAGCGCAAAGUCAGCCCCAUCAAAAUCAACCUCAAGAACCUGCGGGUUACUGAAGCCAGUGGCAAGAGUGAGUUUCUAGGGCUGGGUACUUGUGAGUCUGAGGAUGACAUAUUAAACAAGCUGGCAGAACAGCCCCCAGGCAAAGUGAGCUACAAAAAGACCGCCCAGCAGCGACACUUGCUGCGGCAGCUCUUUGUCCAGACACAGUGGCCAAGCAACCAGGACUAUGACUCCAUCAUGGCACAGACGGGGCUGCCACGGCCAGAGGUGGUGCGCUGGUUUGGGGACAGCAGGUAUGCUCUGAAAAACGGCCAGCUCAAAUGGUAUGAAGACUACAAGCGGGGCAACUUCCCACCAGGGCUGCUGGUCAUUGCUCCUGGCAACCGGGAGCUGCUGCAAGAUUAUUACAUGACACACAAGAUGCUGUACGAGGAGGACCUGCAGAGCCUCUGUGACAAGACCCAGAUGAGCUCCCAGCAGGUCAAGCAGUGGUUUGCUGAGAAAAUGGGUGAGGAGACCCGGGCCGUGGCAGACACAGGUAGUGAGGACCAGGGCCCUGGCACUGGUGAGCCUGUGGCCAUUCACAAAGAGCUGGGUGACACCUAUUCCGAGGUGUCUGAGAACAGUGAGUCAUGGGAGCCCAGUGCCCCUGAGGCCAGCUCAGAGCCCUUUAACACAUCGAGUCCCCAGUCUGGACUUCCACUAGAGACAGACUGAACUCGAUCCAUCACUGAGGGACCCGCCAGUGUGGAUGCUGUCAGCCAUGUGGAAGGGCCAGACCUGCCUCUCUGCUGCCACAUGUUGUUUCCACAGCCAGCCGCUGGGCAUCCCAGAGAGCCUCCGGAGCCCUUGCACAAAGCCAGAGCCCACCAUGCCAUCUCUGUCCUCGGCAUGCUUAACCAGGGAAGCAGCAAGAAGGGGGUCUCACCACUCCUUUUUCCCAUGGUGUAGGACCUUUCCUUUGCCUCCCAGGGAUAAAAUGGUUUCAAUUUCA